AUGGGCAGAGCUGCGGGGCUGACGUUGGACUGGUCUAGUGGAUUUUCGUUAAGCGAGGGCACGCCCGGCGCACCACCGGUUUGGACUUAUAGGUUUUCACAGCUUCGAGGCUCAAGUGACGAUGGAAAGUCCAAAUUGAAAUUGCAUUUUCAAGAUACUGAGACUAAAGUUAUCGAAACGAAGGAGCUGGAAUGUCAAAUAUUGCAAAGUCUGCUUUUCUGUAUGCACGCGUUUCUCACGGCGAAGGUGGCUUCAGUUGAUCCAGCUUUUCUCGCCUCCAUCCAGCACUCCAGCUAA